AUGGCCAACAAGCAACAGUCUCCAGGCGACACUGGUUCCGGUACGGGUGAAGUCCCAGGCGUGGGCGAUACAGGCGCUGGAACGUCUUCAGUGGCGUCGCAGGGCGUAGCGAAGACCGUGCAGGACGCGGGCUCGACUUCAGCGCCGUCACAGGACUCAGAUUCGUCCUCAGUAACGUCGCAGGAUACGGUGAAACCGACAAAGGAUGCCCCGCCACUGGCGAAGUCCUCGAACACCCCCGUCCCUCAAACCCCUGCUGCCGCGCCUUCUACUUCCCCGCGCUCAGGUGUUGCGACACCUACACCUCCAGGUGGUCCGGGUCCUGGCUUGUCCUCUCCGCCUUCACGCCCCGUCGCCGUUAUAGAUGAUUUCCCGUCAAACCCACUAUCCUCCGUGAGCCUCUCCUUCAAGGGCAUCCGAGUUAACUUCAACAUCGAGUUCGCGCAAAUCGCUCUGCGGAUAUUCGCUUGGCUCCGGCAGAUAUUCACGAAGAGUGCCGACGCACCCGGCGAGACACCAGAAGCACAGACGACAACGCAUACGUCGCAUAUACCUCGGCGCGUCGGGUUUAUGCUCGCGGGUCUGCUUCUUGCGACUGUCAUCGUGAACUGGUCCUUCUCUGCUUCCACCUCUCCAUGCCACUGGAAGGCACAUACCGACGCUCUUUCCGACCUGCAGAUGUCUCGUAUCGGGGUGCUGCUGAAUAGCACAGCUCUGAGCAACUCUCGAGUCACGGAGCUCGCCGCCGCUAGGAUCGGCAUAUCCGAACUUCGUACCUACGUCCAGGAUCGCCAUGUCGAAGCCGCUGCCGCUGCUGCGCUCGAUGGCACUCUCAAACAGUACGGCGACGACCUAUUCCUUGCUCUAUACAAGCUCCUGCGUGUCGAUGCUAGUAUAGCCGCUCUUGCCCACAUAACCGUCGCGCACAACACUGCCACGUACGAAUAUCUCGACCUAUCUGCGUACUCACCCUGGUGGUACUCGUUAUUCUGCUGGGGAGCUUGUCAGGGCCCCAGUUUCGAAUCAUCCUACAUGGGCAUGCUGAACUUGGAGGACGUCAUGCUUCGUGCACUUGAAGCAACAUUAUAUGACGCGGCCGCUCUGAGGGACAGUGUUCAGCGCCUGUACGAUGAUUCGUCGCGGCUACAUCAUCACGCAACUGCGACGACUCUGAUACGUUCGCCAUCCGCAUCCGACGUGCACCUUGACACCCUGGCUCAGCUUUGGGAUACCGUCGUCCCCUAUCGCACUCCCACUGCAAUGAAGGCCAAUCGGCGUCGUCUAUUAUCCGGAGCACGCCCAGCGUUGCGCAGAGCCAUGGACCACGCGCUCGUGACGCAGGCAGACGUGCUCAACCUUAUGGAGCAGCUGCGCCUGCUCAAGAUGGGGUUGAAAGCCAGGAGCGCCGACACGUCAUGGCUUUGGGGAUGGAUUUGGCCGUCACGACCGAACUCCGAUAAUGACCUAUGCUCGCCUCGCAACGAGCAGGGCAUCAGGGCUUUCAAGUCUCUGCUUCUUGCUGCGAACGAGCUGCGUUCAGCGCUAACUCGACAAACGUGA